AUGAACUUGAUAUCUGCUGAUCUAGAAGUCAACAGACAAGAUGUUGAAAAGUCGAAAAAGAAGCCAGACGCUGUCGAGGCUAUACAGCAACCCGAGAACACCGACAGUGCAGAUUCGAUCAACGAGCUUGAACGUUGGAACAGUCCUCGAAUCAACUCAUAUCGCUUUUAUGCUACCAAUCUCUCGUUUCUCAUAAUGGGCAUGAAUGAUGCCUCUUUGGGCGCUCUUUUACCAUAUAUCGAAACGUAUUACGACAUCAACUAUACCACUGUCUCAACCAUGUUCCUCGUACCUGUUGCGGGCUACGUCCUUGCUGCACUCACCAAUAACUGGAUACACUACACCCUGGGUCAACGAGGAGUUGCCAUCCUUGGGCCUCUCUGCCGUCUCGUCGCCUAUGUUCCAGUGGCACUUCAUCCUCCCUUCCCAGCACUUCCCUGUGUCAUGCUUUUCACAGGCUUCGGCAACGGUAUACAGGACAGUAGCUACAAUGCCUGGAUUGGCAACAUGCAGCGCGCCAACGAGCUAUUGGGACUUUUGCACGGCGCGUAUGGUCUUGGUGGCACUAUUGGUCCGCUGGUAGCUUCUGCUAUGGUGACUGAGGGUAACCUUGACUGGUCCACUUUCUUUUAUAUCAUGGCAGGCCUUGUUGUGCUCGAGUUCAUGGUUGGAACUGUUGCAUUCUGGGGCGCAACUGGUCAAGAAUACCGACGAAGAGUACGUUUCGAACAAGGCAAAGACCGUGCAACAACUCGCAUGGCCGUCAAGAAACCAAUCACUUGGAUAGUCGCUGUCUUCCUUCUAGGAUAUGUGGCAGCUGAAGUCAGUCUUGGAGGCUGGAUCGUCACCUUUAUGCUUCGGGUACGGCAUGCGAAGCCUUUCCUUGCAGGCCUGACCGUCACAUUGUUCUGGCUUGGCUUAACGUUGGGUAGAGUUGUUCUGGGAUUUUUCACAGAGAGAAUUGGUGAAAAGACGGCCAUCAUGGUAUACCUUAUGCUCUCGAUUGGGCUAGAACUGCUGUAUUGGCUCGUACCCAACUUCAUUGCAUCUAUCAUCUUUGUCAUGCUCUUGGGGUUCUUCCUCGGCCCUUUGUUUCCUGCUUCAAUGGUCGCAGCAACCAAGCUUCUGCCUGCUGACUAUCAUGUGAGUGCUAUUGGAUUUGCAGCUGCAGUCGGGGGAGGAGGCGCUGCUGUGGGACCAUUUGCGGUUGGAGCUAUUGCUCAACAUACUGGUGUGCAAGUUUUGCAGCCUAUAAUAGUUGGACUUCUAGGGGCAAUCACCAUGGUUUGGCUUCUGUUACCAGGGGGGUUCAAGAAGGGUGGUUUGGAAAGGGCCAGGGAAUUGAAACUGAAGCCGGGAGGAGAUGUCAAAGAAGCUUGGUCCUGGAUAAAGGAUAAAGUGAAGAGUAUGAACAGAUAG